AUGUCCCAACCAACGCAGCUUCUGGUGCUGGAUACAUUCUUCAAUGGAAGUACCCGUUACACAACCGAAAACACACUUUCUAACUGCCUCGUUACGGAUUCACCGACACCAACCCACGCGAGCUACGGUUCUGAGACAACGAUUGUCGAACACCUGAAGACGUCUCAGGUCCGCUGCUCGAAUAGGCCAAUCCUCACAGCCAUACAACAAAACAGCCCGUACUGUAGCUCGAUACACACGUGUCUCAAGUUAGCAAACGCUAACCGAGCCUUGCAGGUUCAUGCAUUCACCUCAUCCGUCACACUACACUCAGAACUAAUACAACUUCCAAGAUACGUAAAACGCUCCACAACUUCCAGUGCCUCUCCCUGGAUCGUAAGUGGCGUGUUCAGUGACUGCACGUCCACAAGCAUGACCUUACACUUUGUGGGUGCAAAAUGCAUACCAAAGGACGGGAUGACUUUGGUCAGCCUUGAUCUCUUGGGCUUGGAUUGGAUUAAUGAGCUUCGACUGUUGGAUGAACCCCUCAGUGCCGUUUGUGACAAAACAACUGCAAAUGGCCCCGAUACGCCCACGAGAACAUCACCUCCCGACGAUUUUGUGAUUGCCACAGUUACAGCCAAACCGGAGACCAGAUGGAGCAUACGCGACACAGCGAAUAUUUAG